AUGGGGAAUGUUGGCAGCCGCCUUGACGAUGCGGGGAACUUGUUUUUCAAGGAUCAGAAUCGCUUCUCGAUCGCAUCCGUCACGAUAAGCAACCCACGACGUCGUCUUCUGACUCUAUCCCCCAACGCGUUCCCUGCGGCGAGGUUCGCAGCCAAGCGCGAUGCCGGCGACGACACUCCGAUCGAAUAUAUUCAGGACCCCGACACCCCCUCCGCUGCUCCGGUCCCAACGUUCAUGCUUCGCCUGUCGAACGACGAGGAGCUGAUCUUCAACUUUACCUUUAUCAUUCGUCAAACACAGACCGGCAAUGCUCCAAACUCUGUCAAUGGUGUCUCAACAACUAUGCCCGAGGUGGCAGACACCAGUCUCAUGGGCCUCACGUUCGCUCACGCAUCCAAUUCGAAGGAACUGGAUAAUCUGAUCACAAGAGAGUUCCAUGCGAACCCCAACCUUCAGAAUAACUCGAAUGUCCAACUAAUCGGAGAUUACUCUACUGGGGGUACCCCGUCCGUGUCAUUCGAAUGGUCAUGGAGAUGGAAGCCUCCGAAGGUAACAGAGGACAAAGGCGGCGGCUGGCGCAACAGCUGCAGCUUUUUGGAUUAUGACCAGAGAACUAACCGCCUCAACACACUUGCCCAUUUUUCCUUCUGGGUGCACAACUCCAUGCGUACCCUACCGAGUCCCCAGAUCUCAUCGCCAAACCUGGAGUUACCCGUCUUCCCGCGCUCUCGUAUUUCAUCGACUCAAUCUGUCGUAUCUCAUUAUAGCGAUGCCGAAUCCACCUACACUCCCUCCACUUUUCCGCCUGAGCCAGUAGAGAAGAGUCUCCCGCUCCCUCCCCCCCCUCCCUCCUCCUCCCCCUCCUCUGCCAUCUGUGCCCCCUCCCCCACCACCAGCUAA